AUGGAAAAUAAGCAGCCGCUUUGGGAAGGUCAAGAUUGCGCACUUUGCUAUUGCGCCAUCGGCCAGACAGAUGCCGGCCGGCGAAUGCGCUGUGGAUGCUGGCUUCAUUUUGAGUGCCUCGGUCAUGGACUGAAGGUGCUCAUAAACGAGCACACCGUGGAUGAUCAGCGCAUGAGCACCUGCCCCGCAGCCUGCGGCCGGCCACUGGGCCGAAUCAUGCCACCCGGCGUGAUUCACAGAGCCGUUGGCGACGAGCUCUUUGCCAAGUACCUGGAUUUGCGUGUAGAGGUCCAGUGGCAGAAGGAAGCAAUGGACUCCGGAAAACUGGUGGCGAAAUGCCCUGGCUGCAGCUUCCUGGUUCUCUGCAACGAGCUUGAGGAGAUGAGCUCCAUCAAGUGCUUGCGGAAAGGCUGCAUCGUGGAUCGCUUUUGUGCACUUUGUGGCAUGGCACCACAUCGGCCCUGGACUUGCAAACAGCGUGCGCUUCAGGACGCCGUGCCGCAGGCACGCAAGAGAAUCGAAGAGGCACUGGUGGAAGCGCUGCACAGAAGGUGUCCCGGAUGUGCAGUGCCUACGGAGCGGACGGAUGCAUGCUGCCACAUGACUUGUUCCAGCUGCAGAACCGAAUUUAGUUGGGUAUGUGGCAUGAAGUAUAGCCACUGCCGCGCGAACCAUCCGUGCUUGAACGGUGCUAUCUAUUUGCACGCGAUGCCGCAGCUCGUUGCCAUCUUGGCACAGCGUGGGCUGGCAGCAUCGGACCGCAACGGAAGCGACCUCUUUCUGGAGUUGCGCUGCAUCUACUUGCUCUCGCAAGUCCGGGCGGAAGUGGGCGAAGAAGCCUGGAAGAGAACGCGUGUGGAGCAUCCCGAACUUCUCACGGAUGUGAUCCGGAGUUCAUGGAGCAUUCCUUGGAAUGAAAUUGGGAAUGUGCGGCGGCUGACGAAACUGCUGCCUUAUGCCUUUCCAGCGUUUGCGAAAACUGCCCGGUCGGACCGUGGCGCUGAGGUGAAGCCCCGGCUGCUCUCUGUGUUGGACGAGAUGAUGUGA